AUGCCCGCCGCUGUCCACUCCGCUACCAUGGUACCCCUCAAGCCUGUCCAGACCCAGAACCGGCCACCGUCGCCGCCACCCGAUGAUACCCUGCCUCGCUCUACUUCGACCCCAUUCCAGCCGACCCACAAGAGGCGCGGCGGCGGCCCGCUGUCAUCGGACGGCGCUUCUCGAGCUCCUUUACUUGGAAUGCAGGUGAUCCAGCCCGCCGUGGCUAGGCGCCAAGGUGGAGGCAAGCCUCUGCUUGAAUGGAUCUCGAGGAAGCUCGGCUCACGUCGAGCCAGCGACGCCCAAGACCGUGAAGCACCACCGUUUGCACGACGCAACCAACCUGUGCAGUCGAGCACCUUUUCGCACAGUGCCAGGAAUGAGGCGACAGCUACACGCUUCUGGCGAGACAGAAGCGAGCAGCCGGCUCAGGAUACCGCACUGGAGCCCUACCCCACACGUGUGUCGGUCGACGCUCCUUCGCUCGCCGAUUCCCAGUCAAUGAUGUCGUUCGGAUACCGCAACCCGCCAAGCGAGCGGCGGCGAGAAGCCAACAACCCAUACCCCUCUCUCCCGAUCCCCUUGGUGCGCCGCUCUUACCCAGCCUCAACGAUCGAUGGCGACUCUCGUGCGCCCUCCAUGAGCAUGCUCUCACGCUCGCGCACCUCUUCCCUGCGAUCUCUGUCGUCCUACGCCCGGCGGCAUCCUGUCUCGAUCGCCGACGAUGACAGUAACGCAUCGCUUUACCCCCGCAACGCUGACGAGGACGCGAGCCUGAGGCCGCUGCCACCGUCUCCUACGUCGAUGUCGAUCAUUUCGCGAGCUGGAUCUGUCCCCCUUGUGCGCUCAGACUCGGUGCCUCACAAGACCACGCCUGCACCGGUGAUGCGCCGUGACACGCGGUCGUCUUCUGUGGACGGACCGCGCUCAUUCAUGUCUGACGAUGCAGCAAACUUACGAGGGUCGCGGGAGGGUUCUUUGGCGAGUACGAAGCCAACGACCAUUAUCAGCUUUGAAUCAGGGGCGCCGGCCCACAUCGCAGUCGCGCCUUCUGUUUCGUCGUCCUCGCCCGUGGUACGACCAUUGUCGACGUCGACUGGCGCCUCAGGCGGCGGGCUAGCGCAGAGUCUCCCGUCACCAGUAUCUCCCACAUUCCUUCCUGCGAACGUCCCACCAGAAGACUUCCAGGUGCCCAAGCACACGCGUUACCACCCCCGGAACAACCCCCACCCCGGGUCAGCACCGGGUCCAAACGCCUCGACGCAGACGCUCGCCAGCAGCACCUUCGGCCUCGACACGACGCGGUCCAUCCCGCGUCCCUCGUCGGUGCGAAUCCGCGACUCGCCCUCAGCAUACCACGCGCACGGCCGCGUGUUCGCCGAACGCCCGGGAUCGAUGCAGGGCGAUGCAGUCUCCACACACGCGAUCGCAGCAAGCGUGCGCACGCGGGGCAACACGCGCGCCGACGACGACGCAAGCAUGCGCGCCGUGCGCCGCAGGGGCAGCUGGGAGAGCGGCGAGUCGCGAUGGAGCUGGAAGCCGGGCGCGCCCGGACCGGGCACAGGUGCAGGGGUGGACAACUUUUCCCUCCUCCGCAGGGGGAAUGAGGACCUCGACGACGUCAUGUCCACGAACCGCUCGAGCGUGCACACCCGGGAUAGCUAUAGGACGGCUAUCACGACGUGGGACGACGUCGAGGACGAGCCGUCGCCGCUCACGCCCGAUUCGGCCGGAGGCCUCGCGGCGGCCCAAGCAGCCCAAGCAGCCCAGGCAGCGCAGGCCGCCGAGCCCGCGUUCUCCGACGCGUUCGCGCCCCCAAAGGCGCCCAUGAGUGUCCUCGUGUAG